CCAGUCGAAUGUUGAAAAAAGCUGGUAAGGAUAUUCCAACGAAGUCCGGGACAAAAACAAAUCCUAAAUCUCAAAAAGAGGUUCCCGGUCAAAUGUUGGACAAAGCUAGUAAGGAAAUUCCAACGACGUCCGGGACAAAAUCUCAAAUUAUGAUGCGUCUUGAGAAAAUGGUGGAAGAGUCAGAUAUUAUGCACGGCGCCAUCCGUAGUGUAGAUAUGGAUGAAGGUGUUUUCGGAAUUGCUCAUUCCGAAUUAAUUGCAAAGGAGGACAUGCAACAACUUUUUGAACACGAAGAAUUGGGCAUCGCUGUCAUUCAUACAUACAUAUGGUAUAUGUAUGACACAUUGAUGCGGGGAACUGAAUUGUGUAACCGAUUCAAUUUUAUUGCUGCUUCCCGUAUCAACACAACGUUUAUAACGAAAAAUCCAACAUCCGUAAUGAAUGAACUAGUCGAUAGAUUCAUGGUGGCCGGCGAUAAUACUACACCCAGUUUGUAUUUUUUACCGUUUAAUUCUGGCAACGGGUUAGAUUUUCUUUCUAAUAAUUUCAUUCUAAUCUAUGUAUAUCUUUUACGUAGAAAAUUUUCAUGCAUCUAAAUUUUUGUUUUAUUUUACAGUGGUCACUGGGUGUUGGUUGCUAUGGAUCUUUCGAGACUAAUGG